GAAGAAAAUGACAGAAAGAGAAUUCCAUGCCCUCUUGAUCCAAAACACACUGUGUAUGAAGAUCAGCUACAAAAGCAUUUAAAGAAAUGUAACUCGAGAGAGAAGCCAAAGCCGGUCUACUUUGUUCAAGAUAUUAAUGCAGGUUUAAAAGAUGUGGCAGAAAUACCAGGCGAACAAGUACCUAUCUCUUCUCUGUCGAAGGAAGAGCUGGAGAACUUAAUUAUCAAGUUGAAAAACGCAAGUAAUGGCCUGGAACUUCGCCUUAAAGAACAAAUACUGUCCCACCAGGCUUUAGAAGAAGCCUUAAAUGACCCAAAGAACGGGGAAUCUGCUUUCAAACACUUGAAACAACAGGCUUCAAUUUUAGGCAACAUGGAAAAAUUACAUUUACUUGGUCCAGGAAGAUGUUUUGUUGAGUUCGGAGCUGGGCGAGGAAAGCUGUCUCACUGGGUUGAUGUUGCCUUACAGAAUGUUGAAAAUGUUCAGUUUUUGCUUGUGGAAAGGGCAACGACAAGGUUCAAGGUGGAUGGAAAACAUAAAGGGAGAGAUUCUAUAUUUGAGAGGCUUCAAAUUGACAUUCAACAUCUAUGUUUAAAGAAAGUACCUAUUUUGGAGAAGAAAAAACUACCAGUGGUAGGAAUUGGGAAGCAUUUGUGUGGUGCUGCAACAGAUCUUGCUUUGAGAUGCCUGGCUGAAAGUUAUACAGCUUGCUGUGAUGGCAGAAAUGAAGAGCCUGCACCCAAACGCUCUAGGACUGAUAAGACAAAGGUAGCUUCUAACAGUUCUGCUGAUAGUGAAAGCAACAGAGAAGACUGUGAGCCUGUAGCUGGAAUUGUUAUUGCACUGUGUUGCCAUCAUAAGUGUGACUGGACACAUUAUGUAGGCAGAGAGUUCUUUAAAUCAGUAGGACUUGGACCAAUAGAAUUUCAUUAUUUUCAAAGAAUGAGUAGCUGGGCCACUUGUGGCAUGCGAGAAACCCCAACCAAAGCCUCUACGAGCAAAGAAAGGGAAGAUCAAAGUAACGACACAGAGGAACACGAGCAAGCACUCAGCAAGACAGAGAGUGGGUCUGAUACUUUACAAGGGAUACUUACUGUUGAAGAACGAAAGGAGAUAGGUUGCCUCUGUAAACUACUGAUUGAUCAUGGACGGAUUGAGUAUUUACAACAACGAGGAUACAAGGCUGCGCUACAGUAUUAUACAGAGUCUGCUGUGUCCUUGGAGAACGUCCUGCUGACAGCUGUCCCGAGGCCAUCUCUGAUACCAGAGCCAGCUACAUGACAGGAGAUAGAGUUGGAAUUGGUAGG